UUGCAAGACGCUUGUUCUCUUUUAGGUCAUGAGUUCAGUCUAAAAGCAUGUGGAAUGAUUCAAGAGUUGGUCUGUGGUUGUUUACCACUGCAUGGAGGCAGUCGGAUACAGUACAACAAGUCAUGUUUCCGUGUUAUUCCUUAUUUCCUGGCACCCCAUGGAGCGCGGGAGUUUCUAUGAUAGCCAGAAGAACAGGAUGCUUGAACCAUGAGUGCAUCAAUAACUCCCUGUGAGAUCUUUAACUCUAAGCCCUUCUUCGUAUGAAUUGACCCAGCAACCGUCUCGCCUUCUUUCGGACAUGUCAGGCUCCCCAACAAGCUCAUGCGAGCUGAUGGGAAAGAAAAGCUGUCAAGAUUCUGCUCCGGCUUCCUUCCAGAGCAGUCAUACAUGGCGAUGAGAGUCGUCGGCAUACCAUCGUCUAGCUGGUUGCACCAUAAUGAUGGAAUAAACCCAGUGUUAUUUGCUUGGACGGAGUCGGCCAACCCAAUGAACGCCAAUAGCUUGGAGGGUCUCAGACUGAGACAAAAGUUGAGACGACCUGAUAUAGACGAGAACCAGAAGCGAUCACAUACGAGACAUGUUCCAUCCUUGAUACAUUUCCAGGACAAUGCACGCUGUUGCAUUUUGCAUCACACAUCCCCAUUUUAACUCCACUUUCGAAGCCAGUUUUCAAUAGGAUGCCGGUGAUUGAAUCCUCUCUGCAACCAGAGAAAAGACUGAUAGUUGGUGGAAUAUACCACGAGAUACAGAAUUCUCUGUGUGUAGAACCGCUUCGACUUGGGUAACAGAGGAUCAAGAGAACUCUCUAAAGUUUUUACCUCAGACCCUCCCCGACCCAUUGAUUCUUGAAGACGUCGUCCACCUCGGUGAUCUCAGGGGUGUCGGCUUCCCAAACCUCCAACCCAUCGAGCUCAACCG